CUGGCCAAUUAAGACGCUCAGGAAAGGUUAUGGGCGGAAGCGCCGACCUAUCAAGCUGUUGACACCGGAAGAGGAUGGACCUAAGAUGACGGCGCCCAGGGGCACUGGGAACAGCCACUCAUGUCUGUGAACGGAGCUGUGUGGGGCCGCGUGCGAAGCCGCCUCCGCGCCUUCCCCGAGCGGCUGGCCGCCUGCGGGGCCGAGGCCGCGGCGUACGGCAGGUGCGUGCAGGCCUCCACGGCCCCAGGCGGCAGCCUAAGCAAGGACCUCUGCGCGCGGGAGUUCGAGGCCCUGCGGAGCUGCUUCGCCGCCGCGGUAGGUGGGCGCGGGCCCCUGCUAGCCCUUCCCCUCCAAGAUCCAGGGGGUCCCAGCUUUCCUUUGCUUUCCCGUUGGUUCAAGGUUUGAGCGCCUGCCGCGUGCUUUAGACGCCGGCUGACCAAACCACCGAGCCACGGACGAGCCCGCGAAACCUCGGCCGUCCCGGGUUUGUCCCUGCGUGUUUGUAAACCGGGACUGGCACCAACCUCAGAAAGGAUGGGAAAUGUGUGCACUAAAGCGCCUGGUAAAACGCGUAAGCUUUCGUGUUAGCACUGCCGCCGAGGGGUGUCAGGCCAGGAUCCACCCAACACAGGACUCCCAGGAAGUGCCCAGCACCUUCCGGGUCUUCAUCUCCCUUCACUUGCAGCCCGCCCCGUGCAGCUGCAGUGGUGGAUUCCUUCAGCACCUGUCCUGCCGGGCACCCCCAACCACCCUCACAACUGGCGCCAUAGGGGUUCUUGCCCGUGGGGGCUUUAAGUCAUUCUGAGGCUGGUUCCCUAAGUGUCAGCCUCUCUGGGUACCACCUCAGUGUAUCUGGGGUAGGCCGUGAUGCCAGUGCUGACUCUUGUUUACUGGGAGCUAUUAAUCCGCAGAUUUGGACCAGAGAAAGGGUAGUUGAACAAGAGCUCCAUGGCCUUCAUUACUACCCGGCCCUAGCAGCCUUGGAUCCAGGGGUGGGUAACUCAUCAGAAGUUGCACUUUUUGCCGGGUAUGGUGGCGCAUGCCUGUAAUCCUACCACUUUGGGAGGCUGAGGUGGGUGAAUUGCUUCAGCCUAGAAGUUUGAGACCAGCCUGGGCAACAUACGGAGACCCCGUCUCUAC